AUGGCCAGUCCCGCGGCCAAUACGAAGGCUGAACCCGACAUGUUCCAGCACUCUAUUCUGCCGAAAGAGAAGGGCUCCUUUCGAUUGAUACAAAUCAGACCUGGUUUUUCCGUCGACGGCCUCCCCGACUGCUACCUACAGAAUGCGCUAGUUCAAGAAUCGAACUAUAUCUGUCUUUCCUACACCUGGGGCCAACCAGGGGACGAGUAUCCCAUCAAGCUCGAUGGAAAACUAUUUCAUGUGCGUCAAAAUCUCUACGACUUCCUCCAAGCGGCACGCCAGCGUCUCACAUUUUGCACAUUAUGGAUAGAUGCGCUGUGUAUCAACCAAACCGAUGUCGAAGAACGAAACCACCAAGUUCAACAGAUGGGUAACAUCUUUGAGGGCGCAAGAUUGGUCGUGUCGUGGCUAGGCAAUAGUCUCGAGACGCAAGAAUUCGUUCAGACAGUGGGACUGGAAUUGGAUCGCCAGGUCUGGAAAACGUUGGAAGACUUUUACCAUAGCAAGCACUACGAUCAAACUCAUAGGAGCCGCUAUCAAGGAUUGAAGCCGAACGCCAGUAUUCGCUCCGCCAAAGCUCACAGUCUUGUGGAAGCCGAUACAUACGACGGCCACUCCCUUGACUCUCCAUUUAUCAACAAAAAUUACGGUUACAUCGCAAACAAUGCUUACUGGAAAAGAGCAUGGGUUACACAAGAAAUAGUCCUGGCAAGGGAGCUGGUAGUGAUGGCUGGGGAGCAUGUCAUCGAUUUCUUGUCACUCGCGCACGCGUGUAAGAGCACAAGAAACUGGAUACCUAAGAACCCAUUAGAGGAAUAUGCGUUCUUGUUACAAACGCAAAGGGGCAAAGACACAAGGGAUAGACGCAGCUGCCCGUCUCUGUUCAACGUGGACAGGGAUGGCACACAUGGACUGCUUGCCCUCCUGAAGUUCUUCUCAGGAAAAUGUUGUGCGCUUCGGCGGGAUCGCAUCUACUCCCUGUUGGCGCUUUGUAAGGGUGGCGAGAAGAUAAGGGUCGACUACGAUGAACCAGACAUUAAGCUCAUCAUGCAAGUUCUGGACGCUUGCAAAUACGAAGUGUGCUUCUGUUCUGCAGCUACAGUGGCUCGCAUUGUCAAUGGGCCUGGCUUCUCCCAUCUGGAAAUGGAAGCUUACGCUGUCCCUGUAACGCAUGGCUUCAAGCUUCAGGCAUACAGCUCGGACCUCGAGAUCUGUCCAUCAUGCUCUCAGCCGGUACCUCAAUCACAACAUGGUGUGUACUUUUGCUUGCACUGCGAUUCUGAUGCUUGCCAUGAACAGCAGGGGCAUCUGUUCUGGGACAACGCUCGUCGUGAUGACGUAGCAGAUAGCUUCCGGCGUCGCGCUGGUCUCCUACGGUUAGCCAGAAAAGAUCUCGGCGAGCCGCGCGUGCUGUGUAGGCUAGGGAAAGGAAUAGAGAUUGACCGCGAAGAGGCCGAAGGCGAGUUCUACACCUUGCGAUUUUCUCUUGGUACACUCGUUGAUGUCAUGAAUGUCAAAUUUGAAGACGAGAAGCAGUCUUAUUCAUCGCACACAUGUCGUGGCUGA